UCUGUUUUCCUGCACUGUUUGUGGAAGCUUGAUAAAAUGCCAGGUCUCUGCAGCCUCUCGAGAGAGCCCCACUUCUCUAUUAUGUGAUCGAUCAAGCUUCAUCCUCAUUAAUACAAUACGCUGGCUUCAGGAGUGAAAGGGGCGACUGCCGUCUGCUUGACAUUCCUCCUUCGGUGGUCUUUCUGUGGGAAAGGGGAUUAUAAGAGAGCCCUGUUAGACGUACUCUCACUGGAGCUUCCUUAUCCCACAUUUGCAUUUGAUCAUUAAGGUGAACCCUUGGGAAUAUCAGACCUCCAUGUACGACAAUUUGUACCUGCAUGGAUUUGAAGACUCUGAGGCGGGUUCCGCCGAUUCUUAUACUAGCAGACCGUCCGACUCAGAUGUCUCUCUGGAUGAGGAGCAGAGCGGCCGGCAGGAGAAAGAACAGCAAGCCACCGUUCAGCUGGAGAGGGCAAAGGCCAAAGCAGUGGCCUUUGCCGUGAAGACAAAUGUCAGCUACUGCGGUGCCCUGGAUGAGGAUGUUCCUGUCUCCGGCACUGCCAUUUCCUUUGAUGUUAAAGACUUCCUUCAUAUCAAGGAGAAGUACAACAAUGACUGGUGGAUUGGGCGACUGGUGAAGGAAGGUUGUGAUAUCGGUUUCAUCCCCAGUCCCUUAAAACUAGAGAACAUUCGCUUACAGCAGGAGCAAAAAAGGGGUCGCUUCCAUGGGAAGUCCAGUGGGAACUCCUCUUCCAGCCUGGGUGAGGAGGUUUCAGGCACCUUCAAGCCCAACCCUGCUUCUGCAGGUAAACAGAAACAGAAAGUGGCCGAGCACAUUCCUCCAUACGAUGUGGUCCCCUCCAUGAGGCCGGUGGUCUUAGUUGGACCAUCACUUAAGGGGUAUGAGGUGACAGAUAUGAUGCAGAAAGCACUCUUUGACUUCCUGAAACACAGGUUUGAAGGCAGGAUAUCAAUCACAAGAGUAACCGCAGACAUCUCUUUGGCCAAAAGAACUGUACUGAAUAACCCUAGUAAGAGAGCUAUCAUUGAGAGAUCCAACACCAGAUCCAACCUGGCGGAGGUUCAGAGUGAGAUCGAGCGAAUCUUUGAAUUGGCCAGAUCCCUUCAGCUGGUUGUGCUGGAUGCCGACACGAUCAACCAUCCAGCCCAGCUCAUCAAGACUUCUUUAGCUCCCAUUAUUGUCCAUGUCAAAGUGUCUUCUCCCAAGGUAUUGCAUCGGCUGAUCAAAUCACGAGGGAAGUCUCAAAGCAAGCAUUUAAAUGUACAACUGGUGGCAGCAGACAAAUUAGCUCAAUGUCCUCCAGAAAUGUUUGACAUAAUUUUGGAUGAGAACCAGCUCGAGGAUGCAUGUGAACAUCUGACUGAGUAUCUGGAGGCCUAUUGGCGGGCAACUCACACUUCCCUCAGCACUCCUCUGAACCCUCUGCUGGGCCGCAACCUGGGAUCCACUGUGCUCUCACCGUACCCCACAGCCGUCUCUGGACUACAGAGCCAAAGAAAUAAAAACAGCAAUCAUAUCAGUGACAACUCUCCAAUGGAGCGGCACAGCUUGAUGACCUCCGACGAGAACUACCACAACAACGAGCAGCAAAAGAAGAGUCAUAACCGCCUGUCCUCCAGCUCCCAGCUAAGUCGAGACCACUACCCUCUGGUAGAGGAGGACUACCAGGAUCCCUAUCAAGAUGCAUACAAACCUCACCGCAACCAGGGCUCCCCCGGGGGCUACAGUAAUGAAUCACGGCACAGACUUUAAACGUCCAAACCACUAGAGCCAGAGCUAUGAGAUAAAACUCGUGUAAUUGUGUAAACCCUUUCUGAAAAUGGAGUGAAUUGCGUCUACUCUGAAACAAGUGGAAACCGUACUAAAAGCAUGAAUCUGAGCACCUGUUCCGUCUUUGUAAGGCAGUUGUUUGCAGCCCUUUUGCAUCAUCUCUUAUCAGGCAGUUGGAGGUGCUGAUUUUUUCUGCAGUGGUUAAGUAAAGAUGCGUUCCUGGAGAAAUGAAAGCUAUAGUACCAUCUGGUCCAUCAAAUUUCACCUGGUAGAGGCCUAACCAAAGCCCUGCACAGUCUAUAUUUGCAGGACUUUUCUUUAUGUCAUGUUAAUUUUCACCCUGAACUAGUGUCGGCAUGCAGAAAUGCUCAACAGUGCCGAGAGCCAAUCAGCACAGAGCCUUUUUUUAGCAAGAUUUCAGUAGCCAGUGGAAUGCAUUUGCU